CUAGUUUCGCGAGUUACGGACGACGGGUGCGGGAUUACGACGCGGUUCCAAUUUUCGCAGUGACAAGUGUGCGCGCCGCGGACAAGACACGACGACAACGGCGGACCCUUCUCGACGGCGGCGGAGAACAAGGAGAGAGCAGCAGCAGCAAGGCCGUACGGUUAUUUUUCCAAAGAGGAUUACGCUGUUUCUAGUGGAAAGAACCUGUUCCGAGGGGGGAGUUGUCUUCUAACGUGGUCAUUCCCUGUGGGUCAUGUUGGUGGCAGUGCGCGCUGAUUUGGAUGAAGUUCUUUAUCAGUGAUUUUUUGAGAGCAAAAAAAGUGGUGACCCUGAAAGUCAACGAACCAAGGCAAGGCCUACUAGAGUGGUGGUGUUACGUGUGAUCUUCCCGAACGGAACCAAUUCUCCCAGCUGGACAGGUGCCUCCGGAGGAAACGCAUGCUGCCCUGCACGUCGGAACAUUAACAAAAGAAACCGGAUAUGGACCACUCGGAGCAUCACGACUACAGCCAGCACAUGUUGAUGAACCAUAGCGGGGCGGGCAGCGGAGCCGGAAUGCACGACCACAGUGACCACCACGGCUCGAUGGAACACAGCCUGCAGGAUCACACGAUGAACAGUGGCGGCGUCGCGACUGGGCACGGCGGACACGGUCACGGGCACGGCGCGGCCAGUAGCGGCGGGAUGGAAGGAAUGGUCCACCACAUGAUGUCGAUGGCGUUCCACGGCGGUUACAACGAGACGAUCCUGUUCGAGCAGUGGAAAAUCGACAGCCUGGCCGGUCUGCUCUGGUCGAUGCUGCUCAUCUUCGCGAUGGCCGCGCUCUACGAGGGCCUCAAGUACUACCGGGAGCACCUGUUCUGGCGGACGUACAACGCCCUCCAGUACCGGCCCGUCACGGUCACCGAGAAGAGCCCCCGGAACGGGAACGUCGUCGUUUCGUCGAACAACAACGGGAACGGACUGGCGGGAUCCGGGUCGGCUUCCGGUGGUGGUGGCGGCUCCCUCGACGGCAUCGGUGGUGGCGGGGAAGGCGGCGACGACGGUUCCCGGGUUGUGCACAUGGUCGGCGAAGUGAUCCACAAGCAACCCAGACCCACGAUGCUGUCGGUGAUGCACCUGUUCCAGACGUUCCUGCACAUCGUCCAGGUGACGCUGAGCUUCCUGCUGAUGCUGAUCUUCAUGACGUACAACACGUGGCUGUGUCUGGCCGUGGUGCUCGGUGCCGCCCUCGGUUACUUCCUGUUUGGCUGGAAAAAGUCGGUGAUUGUCGACGUCACCGAGCACUGCCACUAGCUCGGCCAGCCACGGACGGGUGUGGAUGCUGUGUGGAAUUGGUGGUGAUAGCACGCCGGAAGUACCGACUUCGGCGGGGGUGCGAACGGAAACUCAAACAGAACAUUUUUUAUAUAUUGCGUAUUAGAUUUUACGAUAUCUUAUAUUGUGGAGAAAAGACUUGAGAGAAAGCGGCGUGGUUCGAAUGUUCACUGCACGUGGUGGAAUUGAAUUUGGAGAAUCAAGUUUUCUUUCGUUGUUUUUUUUUUGGUUUUCUUUUUAACACACAAUGUAUUUUUUCAUCUUUAUUUUUUAGAUAGAUUAAGGUGAUUCUCAAAACUGCAACAGAUACGAUUCCGCCAGAUACACAAACAUAACAUACCUUAAUCCACGCAAGAAAGAAAAAUUAUCAUGUGUAAAAAAAAGAGCUACAAUAUUGUAUAGA